AUUUUCAAGACAUAAACACAAAACAGUGGGAGUGGGUGAAACGCUUUUACUUGGAGAUCUAAAUACUUUACUCAUUACUCAGUUUACUGAUUACUCACUAUGGGUGACAUAGUAAAGAGUGGCUAUAUUAAAAGAUACAGCAAGAGUUUUUUAAGUGGUGGCUGGAACAAUUCCUUUCUUCAGUUACAUAGAGACUCGACAUUAAAUGUUUACAAGAAACAGGGUGAAUCUAAAUGUCAAGGCUCUAUAUAUAUGAAGGAUGUUUGCAAAUACUUUGCAUAUGGGGAGUUCACAUCUGGUAUGCCUGAUAGGCCUGACCUUCCACCUGGCGGCUCCUAUGAUUGCAUUAUGGGUAUCCCACAGAAACCCAGCAGCAAAGCUAAAAUACACUGGUUUCUUUUUUCUACCACAAAAGAGUUACAUGAUUGGAUGAAUGCCAUUUGCAGUGUUCUACCUCCACCGCCCCAAAAGGACCCCAGUGCACAUGCACAACACCCCCCUCAACAGUCCCCACAACAUCAUGUGAGUCCCAGCCAUGCCCCCAGCUAUACCUCAGCUAGCCACCCUCCCAGCUACACUUCAGCUAGCCACCCUCCCAGCUACACUUCAGCUAGCCACCCACCAGCCGGUUACGCCCCACCUCCUCAGGGCCCCAUGCUAGGCUUUGAGAAUCUCACAGUGGGUGGCCCUGCACCACCAUAUCCCCCAGCACCAGGAGGGCCACAGUACAGACCCCCUUCCCCCCUACCCCAAGCUCAUCAGUACCCCCAGCCUCAGUACUACCCCCCUCCCCCUCAAGGCGCAUACAGCCAACCUGCACCCCAGGGUUACUACCCACAACAAAGCUAUCAUCCUGCCCCCAAUCCAGGUUAUCCCCAGCAACAGUAUUACCAACCAGCCCCAGUUUAUGGGGGUGCAUACGCUCCAGCACCUCAGCAUUAUGUUGUACAAGGUCACCCACACCAAACGUACAGCUACCAACAGCCUGUUGUCUACCAACAGCACCACAAGAAGGGAGGAAUUCUGGGAAGCAAUACUGGCAAGAUGGUUGCAGGUCUAGCUGGAGGGGCACUUCUGGGAUACGGUGCCUCCCGUAUGAUGGGCGGAGGCUGGGGGCUGGGAAGGUGGGGCAGCUGGAGCUCCCUCAGCUCAUUUGGUAGUUUUGGAAGCUGCGGAAGCUUUGGCAGUUUUGGAAGCUUUGAUUAAAAUGGAGAGAAGAUUGGUAGUUUUGGAAGCUUCGAUUAAGAUGGAGAGAAGUGUAAACAAAAUAACUUGCCUGUUUGUGAUGUGAAGAUUGUGGCCCUGGCUACUUCUGUGCCAGAUAAGUUAAAAUCCAUUCUUUUAGCUAAAAAGCCAUUAGGCUAGUGCAAUUUUUACUGUAGCAACUACUUACGUGUUUAAUCCUAUUGGAUUCAUUUAUUCAUGCGUGUACCACCUUUUUUUAAAACAGAAAAUGAAAACAUUUUCAAGUUUCAGAACUUUUUAAUUAGUGUAAAAAUUGAAUUACAACAGUUCUCUUAGCCCAGAAUUGUUAUCCACUGUCUGCUGGGAUUAUUUCUUCCCUUGAUUUUUUUUUAAAUGCAUCUGCAAACAGACUAAUCUUUUUCAGAGUUUAUAUAAAAGUAUAUAUAAAAUAAUAAUUGUAAAUGAAUUCCCUACAUAAUCAUAGUAAUGAUAAGUAGGGAUUUAUUUAUUAAAGAAAGAAAUUUUACUAAUUUUAGAUAAGAAAAAAUAAUGAACAGAUUCAUAUUUGUGGGGGGAAAAAAACACUUCUUCUGAAAAAGCUAAUAAUAAUUUUUAAAAAUCAAUUUUUUGUUUAAAGAAAUAAAUAAAUUUUAGUCCAAUUUUUAACUCAAAGUGUGGAUUAAAUUAGUUUUUAUAUUUAGAUGCAGCUGCUAAAUGUGGCUUAAUGAGAAACAAUUAAAAUCUGCCAUUAAACUUUAAAUUAUCAGAAUAUUUUAAAAAUAUUCCUAAAAUGUAGGCAUUUCAAAGUGUACAUAUUCAGGAUUCAAUAAAAAAAUGUAUUUUAUAAAUGUUAUUAUUAUUGUGAUAUUAAUGUCAAUAAAGAUAAAUAUUGAUCUGAUAUUAACAGAGUUUUAUUAGUAAAACACUUCACAGCUAUUAUUGUUUUAGUUAAAAGAGUGAUAUAGAUAUUAAGGGAAAAAAUGUCUCUAAAUUCAACUAAUUAGAAAUUAGAUGUCUUUUUAUCAAGAAAGCAGCUGUUCUAGUGUUGAAACAUCUAUUUACAAUGUAUUUUGCUGUAUCUAUACUUUGUAUUUUUAAAAACAUUAGUCUUGUGUCACACAGGUGUUUUUGAAGUUGUAAUUUUUUUUAUUUUAUAAGAAAACAAAAGACCACUAGAUCUGAUUUUUUUAUGUACAAAUCUGACUUUUAAAAUCAUGGUUAAUUGUUUCAUAUCUGCCCGAAACUUAUAAUUUAUAUUUUUAAUGUUUAUCCUCUGCAUCCUUUGCUAGUGAUUAUAUAUGGAUAUUUGUUUCAUACAAUGAUACAUACCUGAAACUCUUGGUAGCUGGAAAAUCAAAAUUGAUCACAAGAGGGUCAAUAUGAAGAAACAUGAAGAAUUUACAAUAUUUUUGUAGAUGUGUUCAGUACUGAUAUUUAAAAUUGUUGAUAACAACCAGAUGUGUAUUAUUUUUUUAAAUCUAUAAAAUAGUUGGUUUGAUGUGCAAAGAUUAUCAUUCUAUACAUGUUCUUAUUGAAAGUGAUUUUCAAUAAGUGAUUCAUGGGGAUGUAUGUCUGUUUUAGGAGUUUUAUCUUUGUCACAACAAAGCAGUUCUAUCCAUAGUGAUAGCAAAUUUUUUUUAAAUUUUAAGGAACAAUAUUUUAACCCUCUUGGGACAAUGCCGAUUUUAUAGCCAAAAAGAUGAGCGCCGAUCUAUCGGCCGGGUGUCAGCCGUGAUAGUAGAUGCCACAUUAUUGGCUUUCUAAUAUCAUAUCAGCCAACCAGACUGCUUCUUACUAUUUUAGUUCAAUAUGGCGGCUUCCAUGGAAAGAUUGCCUCAUUAAAUACAAAAAUUUGUUCAUCUCCAUUUUUUUAUGCUAGUAAUAACUUUUUUUUUUGCUAUUUAGCCAACAAAAAAAAAUAUAGCCCUACUCAAAUAUGUAUUUAUUGUACUAAGCCUUAUUUACUCAUGUUAACCGUGUCUAGUGGAUUAAGAAAUGGCUGAUUAAAAAAUACUCAAAUUAACACAAAAUAAAUAAAAUAAUGAAUAUUAUCUCUAGUGACUUAAAACUACCUUUUUAAAAGAUUUACUAAUUUUAAGUUUAAAAUGUUGAUAGAAGAGACACGAUUGUCAUCAGUAGUAUUAAAGUUUUUCUAAUUCAUUUUGUUUUAACUAGGUUUGAUUUAAUAAUAUGCCAAAGUGUAAUAUAAGUUAUAUAUAUCCUAGCUGUGACUUUUGUAUGUUGGUCUACAGGUUUUCAAUAAAUGCUAAACACCACUUCACUCUGUUUUAAACAACUUUAAUAUAUCAUCUUCUAUUCCUUUCACUCUAUUUUCUUUUUGUUUAAUCUUUUUUUUUAUUCACCAUAUGUUCAGUAUUUUUGGAAUUCUAAUUCAGUUUUCAACUAGUUCCUGUAUUGCUUAUACUCUUUACCACUGUCAUUGCCAGUUUAUUGUUUGGUACUCCAGUAGCGUAGCGAGGGGUGGGUAUGUCCCCGGGCGCCGACCUAAGGGGGCGCCAAAAUGGGUUGGAAAAAUAAAUUGAAAGGUUGAGGGGGGUGCAAAUCAAAAUCUUGAGGGGGGUUCAAAUCGAAAAGUUUGUCCCUGGGCGCUGGGAAGGGUCUCUACGCCUCUGUGGUACUCUCAAGAUGUCCUAGACUUCAUAGUUCUCUAAUUUUUACUUGAUAAAAUCUGGCCAGGUUAGCUUUCUUUUUGAGGUGUUUACAGUGAGUGUUUACUGUAUUGUACUACUAUUUCAUUGUUACUCUUUACUGUCUAUGUACAAAGUUUUUUUUUUAAAUCUUAAUUUAAACAAGAAAUCUUCUUCUUAGUUACUCUUUACUGUCUAUGUACAAAGUUUUUUUUUUAAAUCUUAAUUUAAACAAGAAAUCUUCUUCUUCUUCGUUCUUAAUUUUUAGUGUUGGAAGGGAACGAGCCUUAUCUGCCAGUUUUUUUUUUUUAAUCUUAAUUUAAACAAGAAAUGAAAAGCUUUAAUUUUUAAAGACUCUAUUUAGUCAAUUUUAGUAGUGAACAUUUGAUGUCACAUGAGAAAUUCCUUUAAAAGAUGUGUUGGAUUGUCUAUUAAGUAUUUUUUAAAAUAUUAAUAAUUAUGCUGAACUCUACAGUUGUGGCAUAUAUCAUUUUAAGUAAAAAAGAGAACAAAAAGAUUAAUUUUAAAAAAUAGAAAUUUACUUUAAAAAGAAGUAUUUUUGAAAUUGUUUAACAUCAUCUUGACCUGUGUUUACUUAGUUAUGAACCGUGUUCGCCUUAUUUUAUUUUUAUUUAUUGAAAGCAUAAUGUUGUUCUUUAACUCAGUUUUAUUUUAUCAGAAUCUCAUAAUUAAAUACUUAACUUUGAUUGAUGCAAGUGUUUUUUUUUAAUUAUCUGAAUUUACUUCAUCUUCAUCCUGUACAAAGAUCAAUUAUAUUUGUACAUUUUGCACCCCUAGUCUUUUAUAUUGCAAUAUUUAAUGAGUGUUGUACAUUUUCUUAAAAUAAAGGAUUGCUUUUUU